AUGAAGAUUGUCCAACAUAAACAAUCUCGGAGGUCUGAUGGUGGUAGAUAUGGUGUUUAUACAAUCUUUGUGGACAAUAUUCCUUCAUCCAUGAGCCCGAAGGGGCUCCAUACUCUGUUCAUGAAGUUUGGGAUUGUUAGAGAUGUUUUCAUUCCAAAUAAGUUAAGGAAAACUACGUGGUCAAGGUUUGGAUUUGUCAAAUAUGAUUGUCCUGUAGCUGCUGAAAUAACAAUCCAAAAAGUGAAUGGGUUGUGGUGUGAUGACAAAGCUUUAAAAGUUAAGAGAGCAGAGUUCCAAAAGGAAGCAUCAGGUGUUAGGGUAGUUAGUUAA